AUGGAGGAAAGAAAGAUUAAGUAAAUUCAGACAAGUUUGGAUAACCUUAAUAAUCUGAUGAUUAAAAAGAAAAAGAAUUUGGAAAGAUCAUACAACAACUAAUAAUUAGAUAAGGAAUUCAUCAGACAGGAAUAAGUGAAGGAAAUGAAAAGUUUAGAGGAAAGAAAAUACAAAAAAGAAGAAGAAGCAAAACUAUUAAAAUAUACAUAUGAUGAUAUGAUCAACAAUAAAAGAAAGUUGAGACAGGAGUAAUAACAAAAUACUCAACCAUCUAUUCUAACCUUAACAAUUGAACAUAAUAGAGGAAAAAUAGAUACAAAGAAGUAUCAAGAGGAUUUAUAAAAGUAACUUGAACAAAAAUAAAAAUAAAUGGAAGAAUUAAGAUUAAAGAAGAUUGAAGAAAGAUAGAAGGUAGAGUAAAAGAUAGAAUUUGAAAAGUAAAGGAUGAUGGAGAAUAAACUCAAAAAUUAUUAAGCCUAUAAAUAAUAUGAGACCGAAAAUUAUGAAUUAUUAUUAGAUAGAAAAUAAUAAUAAUAUAGUAAUCCAUAAGAAUUAAAAUUACUCCAGAAUGAAUCUUAAAAUAAAUUACCAAGAAUUUAUCAAGAUAAUUAUUAUCCUAUUGAACGUAAAAAACAAUUAGAAUUACUUGAUAGAGAUCUAAUAAAGUAUUAAUUAUUACAAUAGCAGCAAAAGAUUAUAAACAAUAAUCAUACAAUUAUAAAUCCAGCCUAAAUUCAUUUAUAAGAUGGAACUAGAUCUGAAAGCUCUAAACAUACAAAAUAAUCGAAAUAAGCUUCAAAUUCUUUGAAUUAAUAAGUUCCAUAAUAGUAAUAAAAAAUCUAGGUCUCCACUCCUUCUCAAAAAUAAAGGAAUUCAAAUUUUAUUGGAAAUAGCCCCAUCGUUCCUUUGAAUUAAAGAUAUGUUCCAAAAAAAAGAAGCUUUAAUAUUGUUACAGGAAUCAUAACUCCUAAUUGA